CCGGGCAGCUGGCGGUCGCCGCAGUUGCUGGUGUGGUGAGCGAGAGUCCCUGCUCUUCACACCGGCUGCAGCCGGUGGGAUUCCUCGAGUCACGAGAGCCUCUCAUUUUUGGGAGGAGGUCCUAGGAACGCUCCAGCUGCGCCCGACGCUUUUUCGCCUUUUUCGUUAUGUCGCAGCUUUCGAUGCCCUUCUCGCCCCCGCCUGCUGUGCAGACCUGCUUCGUUGUUGGGUCUCCUCCGUCUCUCUGCUCCCUUCUCCCAACCUCCGAGUGCUGUUUUGCUACCACUUCUCUCUGCUGCGCUCUGUUCCACUCUCUCUCUGAUUCUCUGUUUCGGCUCUGCUUCUUCUCAUCUUCUACGGCUUUGGGUUUUGUUGGUUUGGAAGGAUGUGGUGGAAUCCGGUGGUGUAGUGGCGAAGGGAAGAAGGGAAGAGGACAAAAUUCGGCGGCGUGGCUCUUUAGUUGAAGGGAAGCAGGAAGGAUAUGGCCGAUGCGGGUGGCUGUGGAGGAGGAGAAGGGCUCGGGAGCUGUUUUCGGGGAUGAAGGGGUGAAGGACGAGGUCGAGGAGUUGCUGCAGGGAAGGAAGGAUAGUUACAGAGGAGGAGGAUUGGCGGGGAGAUGCGGAGGUGAUGGGGUCCGGUGAGAUGGGAUGAGAGGAGCUGACGGGAGGUGAGGCGAGAUGAGAUGGGAUGAAGGAGGAGCUGAGGACGAAUUGAUGGAUGGAGCGGCAGUGACGCGAAGAGAAGGAGGACGAGGUAGAUGGGCGAGCAAAAGCAGCUGCAAUGCAGCAAUGUGGGGAAAGUGAGAUGAGAGGGCAUGGCUGCACGCAAGCUGCACAUGCCGGGAGCUCGAGAGCGAUUAGGAGGCGGUGGUGCAGGUGCAGGUGCUGUAGCAGAAGGUGUGGUUCAGAAUGGGAAUGGUGCAUGCGUACAACCACCGGGGGGAAGCAGAUAUGAGAGCCGUCUGGCGUCGCCCAUCAUGCAACCUUUGCCCCUGGCGUCGAGAUAUGUCGGUGUCAAACACGACUCACUGCGCCCUGCCUCCUCGGCUCUCCAGAGCACUUGGAUUCAGCGCCUUCGCCCUGCCUCCCCCGAUGUGCCUUGCGGGGAAUUGGGCCAUGAGGUUGCACAUGUCUGGCGAGAUCCUCAGCCCGCUCUAUGGAGCUCCUCCGCCCCCUUGCUACUAGCAGGACCAUCGAAAGAGCCCUUCCAUGAACCUGUCCAUCGAGCAGAGCAGCAUCAGCAGCAAGGGGAUGAUGGUGGGGAUAAGCCUUUGAUGGUGAGGGAGCAGGGGAGUGCACCUAAGGCUCUCAUGAGGAACAUUGAUACUGCCGAUAAAGGGAAGGGGAGGGGUCAGGUCCAGGGUCAGACAGCCAACGACGUGGCGAUGGCCGCAGGGCAGCGCAUGAAUGACACCAGCCGGACUGCCCAGCUACCGAAGGUCAAGCCUCUUGUACUACCCGGCUGCUCCAAAGGUUUUGUGCCCCUGGAAGGAUGUAGCUCGAGAAGGCAGGGCAUGGAUUCUGUACAGGAAGCCAAUCACGGGAUGGUGAUGCCGCCUGCACAGAACCCCCACUCGAAUGGUGCGUUUGGACCUUUAGUGACAGGUUUCGGGCCUCUUCGGGUCGUCCUGAAGCCCCCAGCGGCGAACAAUAUGAACAAGUCUGUAGGAGGUAGUAGUUUUAAACUCAAGGGGCCAGUGGUGGAAGGCCCUCAAGAAAUGGAUGCGCUCCCUCCCAACAGCCAUCUGAUGGCUGCUCCAGAUCGCACCAGAGUAGUCCCUUUUGCCGGACCUCAAGUCAUGAUGCCAUGGGCGCCGGGCUCUAGUAUUCAUCCCCCGAGGAACAUUUUGCCUGAUCCAAACAUGGAGAUUGAUUAUCUUCACCAAAUAGGGCGCCCCGGGGAGCUCUUUGGUGGAGGAUUUUAUCCGCUGCAGAGGGCAGGUUAUGUAUCAGAUUACUGCGGGCCGCAACCCCCAGGCCAAGACAUGAUGUUUAGAUAUCCAGGCCGCAUGAUGGGGAAUAGAUCCGCAGCUGGGUUCGUUCCCGUGGUUGAGGAUCAUGCCAUGGAUCACAGAGUGCAAGGAUGGUUUCCAGGUUCGACUGCGAUGCUAAGUGGUGUCGACAGGGCCGGUAGGAGCAUGGCUCCAACCCAUUCGUAUGGUACCAUUAUGGCGAAGGAGGGAAGGUUUGAUUCUGGUCUGCAGCAGGAAGGUACGUACCACACCCGGACCAAUCCUGAUCCGGGUGGCAAGCAUGUUUAUGUUGCCAACGGAACCGAAGGUCGGAAGGCGAAGGAAGUUGCCGUCGAGGAGAAGAGCCCUGCCGAUGUUGGCCAGCCACAGCAGCAAGCCUCGCACAUGUCACAGCCCUUCGCUCCUUAUCAGUCAUCCCCGUCCCGCAUCUCCUUCGGGAAGCAGCCGUUUCUUGUUCCUCCCGCCCGCAGUCCGUCCCACCGGCUCGAGGAGGACGCUCACACGGGUGAGGAAGGAGGAGACGCUUCGCAGGAGAGACCAGAGCAGACGUCUUUGCUUACACCUUUGUUCGGUCCUCGAAAGCCCCAGCUCGAUGGACCGGACAGCAAGUCUGCGAAGCCACCGUGGUCAUCUCUGUUCGCUGUCUACAAGCUCCCAAAUCAGCUGGCUGAACCCCCAAAUUCGAACUCCUCGACUGGAACGCUGCCUCUCGAUGGUCGCCUUAGGGUUCACGAAGGGCAGGAUCCAGGAAAUCCGAUGUCCGGUGGCCCGAGGGCCAGUGGUAAUCAGGACAAUGAGAGCGGCGGUAGUGCCAGAACUGGGGCAGGAGUCCCUGCAUCCUCAGCAGAGGCCCGCAGUGUAUUCGACAACCAGUCUUCGCAUUUCUCGAGCUCUCCUUGGCCUGUGGAUGAUGGCCACAACCCUACAGAUGACGCACGCUCCGCCUUUCACUCUCAGAACAGUCACACUCCUUCGUCACAAGCUCCUAACGCCGUGCACGCUUCCAACGCUCAUCCCAAAGGACAGGAAAUUAAUAGAUACAAGUGCGAUGCUGGUGGUUCGAGUAUAGGAGUUUCAAAGGACGUGUCUUACAAACGAGCAAGGAGCAUUGAACCCACUGGAAGCUUGUCUCCUGGCUUGAGGAACUCCAGUGUUGCGAUGGAAGGUUCGCGAGGACCACGGUCUCCUAACGAAGAUGAGGAUAACUAUGAACGCGGUCCAGUAAAAACUUCCAGGCCACCACCCGUGCCGUCUUUUUCAGGACAGAAAGAUGACACUAGUGGAUCUUCUCCUCCUUCCCUGCCCAUGGGCUGCAAUAACAGCUCUGACUUAUGCUCCCCAGCUUUUCCAGGUGUUGAGGAUCGGUGCAAGAGUAAGGGAGUGCACUUAAGGGGGGCGAACUUGGAUAACGAAAGUGAUGGUAUGCAUUUAGGGAAAAGGCAGCAGGGAAUGAUGAGCGCACCGCCAGGAUUGGUUGCGAGGAGGAGAGAGCGUAGCGAGUUACAAGGACCAAACAAAUUAGACAAUCGGAGAGAUCCAAGAGAGUCUGGUGCUAGACUUGGCAGAGAUGUGGAAUCACAUGAUGCUCAGCCCAUGGUCGGUGAAGCGUUUCGAGAAUCGGGAAGUAAGAUGGUUAGGCCGAAUGAAACAGGGAAUUUCGGACAAAAGCAGAGCAGGCUAAGGAACCCGAGUGACGUAGUUGGCGAAGCCGGGACUUCAGGUCCUUCCAAGCGCAGUCGUCAUCACCCGAAUCAUAACUCUUGGGACUUUCAGGUAGAGGGUUCAGGUGUGCAGCCUAGAGAACAAGAAAAUGGUGCUGGAGCAGAGAAACCUUCAAGUUGGCUAUCUCGCUGGCUGCCAGCUGGGUCUAAGUGGAGUGGUCCUGGACCCGUUUCAAACUCUCCAACCUCUGCCAGACCCAAGGAAGUUCACUGGAACGGUCAGGCUCCAGGUUAUGUUGCCAACGGUCAAACGAACUAUGGUGUGGGGUUUUCAGGAGACGGUAGAGGACAAGAAAACAGAGCUGGAGGACAUGUAAGGAGGAUGGAUGAUAAUGGAUCUGAUCCUAGGAUUAGCAUGAGAGAUCUAUCGUCGAAAAGGGCAGUUUUUGGUUUGCCUCCUUUUCCUACGCCUAGUGCUGCUGCUAUGGCUUUAGUUGGAACAGCUGCCAGGAAAUUGGGUCCUCUUCCCUCGCAACGUAAGGGUUCGAUCGCCAUGUGGCCUUCAGUGCAUUUGGAGACGACACAGACUCCCGAAGCACAAAAAUCUGUGCGAAGUUCUGAGCUCCCAACAUACGUUGAGCAGUCAUAGCUCUACCUUAGGCAACACAAUUCUGUGUCGGAUUUCUUCUGGUUUGACUUCCUUGUGCUAUAUCCCUCCUCAGCACUCAAAGGUCAGGGAGUAAAACCGUCUUCAAAGCUACAUUCAUCCAACCCUGCAGUCGCACCAAAACAUGUGGAAGGUGAUUGUAAGACUUGUACAGUCAUGUAGGGGAGUUUUCUUGGGUUCAGAGCAAGGAGCAAGGAGUACCGUAUACAAUUCUUUACCACGAGGUUUCUUGGCAUACCUAAGUUGAUCAGCACAAAUUGUGGUGCAUUGACCCUGAUCUUUACAAUGGUAGUAGUGUUAGUGUUCUUUAGUUUUGCUGGGCAGAUUACUAUUUCUCAGCUUUCAGCAGUUGUUUUUCUUUUAUCAAACCACCAUGUAGUUUAUUACUUGUAAAUCUCCUUACAGCACAAGGCUUGUAAAAUCUUGUCUGGUGAUGAUUGGUAGAUGAUUUCACAAAAGCCAAACUUCUGUCGGUUUCUAUAUCAGUCAAUUGCAGAUCAAGGAAGCUGUUUUGUGAUAUAUGCGCGUCAGAUGAUACGCGCACUUUGUUCACGGAUUCAAUUGUGGAGAUGAGCUGGUCGAAACGCCAUUUGGGACCCAGUUACUGACAGAAGUACUUGGCAAUUCAAUCUUGUUCCUUCUGCGAACUCCGGAGAAGUACAUGUGGAAGAAUGCUGACUAGAAGGUGACUACAAAGCUGUCCCACUUAUUGGAAGAAAGUGUACUCUUGGCUGGGGUCUCGUGGCAUUGCUUGUUUGCUUGCCAAUUUUUAGCAAUCCGAGCUCUUGCAAGAACUAUGGUCAGAUGAAUGUAACGUGUUGUUAUGUUUAUAUGAAAAGUCUACGAAAAUGCCUGUGAACUUACGAACGUUUAAAGUCGAAUCUCUGAAAGUACAUGUUGACUGUUGAGUUGCUCUGUUGACUCCGUGUGAACGAAGAAAGUGCAGUCUUGAGUUUCUGAUAU